GGUUGCUGAGACCCAGGGCAUGCCGGGAGUCCCCUGGGGCGCAGGCGCUGCUUCCCGGCUCCCUAGUUUAUUUCGGUUCUUCUUUCUGGGCUGGGAGGGGGAGGGAGGAGGGCGUCUCUCGGAGGCGCGGGCCGGGACUUCUGCUUCCAUUCUUGAGGCUCCUCCCCUUCCGCGGCCGUUCCGGGCCGGGCUGGUGGCGGAGUCUGCAGCUCGGGGUCAGCACCAGCCCGGGAAGGGAAGCCUCAGACCCCGGCCUCCCUCUCUGGGGCCCAAGCCCGGAACCAGAGACAUGGCCCCCGGCAGCCGGAGCCCCUCGUCCCAGGAGUUGGUGACCUUCAAGGAUGUGGUGGUGGACUUCACUGAGGAGGAGUGGGGGCUCCUGGACCCUUUUCAGAAGAAGCUGUACAAAGAGGUCACACUGGAGAAUGUCCAGAAUCUGCUGUCCCUGGGAAUGACCAGCAGGAUGAAUACAGAGAGGACUGGCGAGACUUAACAUGAACUGAUGCUAAGUGAAAUGAGCAGAACCAGGAGAUCAUUAUAUACCUCAACAACAAUACUGUUUGAGGACGUAUUCUGAUGGAAGUGGAUCUCUUCAAUAAAGAGAGCUAAUUCAAUUGAUCAAGGAUGGACAGAAGCAGCUACACCCAAAGAACACUGGGUUCUAUCAAUAAAAAGCUAUUUUUAAAAAAAUGAAAUUGAAAAAAAAGUUUCAUUUUUUCUAAUCCCAUGUAAAGAUAGUUUUCAAUGUUCAUUUCUGUAAGAUUUGAGUUCCAGAUUUUUUUCUCUCUCCCUCCCUUUGCUCUCCCCUUCCCAAGAUAGCAACAAGUAACUAACUUGCAGGCCCUGUAGAGUUCUGUCAUUUUAUUUUGUACCAUCUUAAUUUCCUCAUCAUAUUCAGCAGACCUAUUUGGAUAUUUCCAAGUGUUCUGACCUAGAUAAGUAAAUGUGGUUGUGUACAUCAAAUCUCUGAACACUGCCCAGUCCUUUUCUGAUGAAAUGUUGCAAAGCCUGUGUCUCCCUCCAAGUUAAAAAUGACUUGUUCUCCCAUGGAGAAUCACUCUAAUCUGUUGACAGUGUGGUAGCCAUUUUGUCUUGUGGCUGCCCCUUCUGUCAAAGGUGAAUGUUCAACUUGGAGUGAAUAAGUCUCUGAUGGGAGCAAUACUCUGUGAUGAACACCUUCUUGGUCACCUUCACAUCACACAUACCCUCUUCUCCUUACAGAAAAAAAGUCUAUGAAAUGCCAAUUUUUGCUCCAAGUAUAUAUUCAUGACAUUUUAUUCUAUUGAGGUUGAUGAUGAGAAAGUCCAGAGCCACUUAAGUCUUAAAUAAGCCUUGCUGUUACUUUUAAUUAUCUGCACAUACCAUUUUGUACCUCAGUUUUUGAUGGUUCU